AUGGAUAUUCGAAAAGGCCGUCUAAAACCUAUCUCCGGCCAGUUGACUGCGACUUUGAUAGCACCUGCAUACUUCAAUCUUCCUAUUAAUGGAAGCGAUGAAUAUAUGCGCGAGACUACCCGCAUUGAUCUCCGAUAUGAGAAGCAUGAACUCAGUGAACACCUACCUCGGAUUGAGUCGUUGAGAGGACGCAUCAUCGCUACAACCCUUUUCACCAAAUCAUUCUAUCACGACCUACCGACCCAACAGAAACACUUUUCAGACGAUAUCAUCGUCACAUUUUUCCAUUCUGUUGCGUCACUUCAAUGGACAUCCGAAAAGCCAAAUUGCUUCCUUGUCACUUUACUCCUGCCGAUCAAGUGCUCUGAUCAGCUCAUAAUUCCAACUUUCCAUUCCUGUCUCAUGUCGAGGGUUUACGCCUUGGAAGUACGAUUGAAGCUUCACGGUGCUCCGUCACUCAAGCUCAUAGCUCCGAUGCAGAUACAGUUUAAAGAAGAUGAGCCUGUUCUGCCCUCAUACACUGGGUGA